AUGCUUGAAUUUCUAGAAGGCUACUUAACCACUACCAACAUCCUACUUACACUAUUCCUUGCCUUGUACAUUCUUUACUACAGAACGUUCCACCACUACAGGUUCGAACAAAAAAGCGCCUUUACCAAAGGCCGCCGGUCUAUGGGAAAAACCCUCCCAGCUUUUCCCAACGGAUGGUUCUGUGUGGCAAGGUCUGGAGAAAUCAAGAAAGGCGAAGCCAAACAUAUUGACAUGCACGGCCAAAACAUCGCAGUUUUCAGAGGAACUGAUGGAAUUAUAUACGCAAUCGACGCCUAUUGCUCACACAUGGGCGCAAAUUUGGCUGAAGGAGGCAAAGUCAAAUUCGGCAAAGGACUACAGUGUCCUUUCCACGGGUGGGUUUUUGAUGGAGAAACAGGGAACUGUGUAUCUGGCGCUGACAUGAAGCAAAGAGAAGCCGAUAAGUUUACUUAUAGCGAAAAAGCUACAGAAGGGCUUAAAAAGGAAUGCAAAACUAAAAUCGGCGUCAAAAAAUGGCAAGUUAAGGAGUUUGGCGGUUUUAUUUUUGUAUGGUAUCACUCAAUAGAAGAGCUUAGAACUGCUCCGCCACCUUUUGAGCCGCUAGACAUUACUCCAUUCAUGGAAAAACUCUCAUAUCGUGGGGUAAGCAUAAAUAAAGUCCAAAGCCACGUCCAAGAUAUCCCAGAAAAUGGUGGCGACUUAAUGCAUUUUUACUAUGUCCAUAGUGCCUUCUUACCAUUUACCGACCUCUUCAAAGCCAGAUGGAGAGCCAAAUGGACCAAAGGCGACGACCCAAAACUCAGAGAAAUCAUGAAGCACGAGGUACCAUUAAUCGACCAGUUCAAAACUCAGCUGAUGGAUAGGUUUUUAACUGAACAAAACGCCAAAUACAUUGGCGUCCUUUCUUUAGACAGCUAUAUGAUCCUCCCAGGCUGCAGCGAAAUUUUCUUCUUCAACGCCACUGCGUUCCAAGUUGGCUCAGGGCUGGUCUACUUGUUCUUAAAAAGCCAAUUUUUCGAAGCCGUGCUGUUCCAGCACUUGUCGCCGCUCGAGAAAUAUAAGCACGAGGUCUUCCAUGACAUGUGGGCGAGUAGUUAUUUGCCUUAUUGUAUAACAGCACUUAUGCUGAGAUUGGAAGCUCAACAGGUCAUGAACGACGGAAAAGUAUGGGAUAAUAAGCAAUUUGCUAUGAGCACUUAUUAUGAUUUGAGAGAAGAACCGGAUAGGAUGCUGCUUAACUGGAGAUCAUGGUAUGCGCAGUUUUAUGAAGGAUGCAGAGAAGCUGAGGAAGAAAAAGAAAGGUUGUCAUGGUAA